AUGACUAAAGCUCCUCUACCCUCUGUUCAUGCCGACGAUGAGUGGUCUCCUCUCAAGGCCGUCAUCGUUGGCCGUGCCGGUCGAGCAUGCUUCCCAAAUGCCCCAGCGCCUAUGAUUAAGGCCACUAUGCCCGCCGCCCAUGUCCACCGAUUCCAAUCUGACUCCCCUUUUCCUGAAGACAUCAUCGCAAAGGCAGAGGCAGAGCUGGAUGCCUUCGCUGCCAUUCUCACGGCCGAAGGUGUCAAGGUCUACCGACCGCCGGAUGGAAUUGACUGGUUGGCAGAGAAGGGGUAUACCGGAGCUAUGCCCCGUGACGGGUUGAUGAGUGUCCAUAAUACUCUGAUAGAGGCCUGCUUCGGCUGGUCCUGCCGCUCACGGGAGAUCGAGUUGGCGUUUUCUGACAUCUUGAAUGAACUCGCCGAAGAUAGCCGGGUGACGGUCGUUCGGCGUCCAGCAGACACAUUUGGUGACUCUUUGCUUGACAACGAUGGGACUGAACAGAACAAGUGGGCCAUCAAUAAUAGCCGUCCGGCGUUCGACACGGCCGACUUUAUGCGAUUUGGAAAUGUCAUCGUCGGACAGUAUAGUCAUGUUACCAAUCAGGCCGGCGUGGAUUAUCUUCAGCGUCAUCUGCCCGCGGGGUACAGGAUUCAGAUGAUCGAAGUUGACGAUCCACAUGCAAUGCAUAUCGAUGCCACGAUUCUGCCCUUACGAGAGGGUCUAUUGGUGUACAACCCGACCAAAGUGACUGAGCACGCACUGCGCAGCGUGGAAUGCCUGGCAAAUUGGGACCUCCGGCCCUAUCCAUUUGUUCCUCAAGAGUCGCAGGACCCUCAGGAUCCCCCGUUAUUCAUGACCAGUCCGUGGCUCGUGCUCAAUGCUCUGGUGCUUGACGGAAAAAAGAUGAUAGUAGAGGCCAGCGAUCGCAGGACGGCGGAGUGGUAUGAGUCACUGGGAAUGCAGUGCAUUCCGUGCCCCUUCAAGCACGUCAACAGCAUCGGGGGAUCUUUCCAUUGUGCCACGACCGACCUGGUGAGGGAUAACGGGGUCGAAUUGGAUGGAUAGGCGAACGUCGAG